AUGUCUACCACCGUUACCAUUGAUAAAACCUACUUUGAAACCCUUCUGCGGAAGGCGAAUGUAAGUUGAAAAUACUCUCCUUCCAUUAUCUCAAGAGCCCGCUGCCAGAUCUUAAGCUUUGUCGGAUCGUAGAGCAGGGUGUAAUCGCACGGGGAAAAAAAAAAGUGCUGAUUUGGCUUGAGGCAGGUGCACGGGAGUGAGUCUGAUCACAACGGAAAUACGGAUGUAGUAACGGUUACAAGAGAUUACCUCGAAGACUUGGUCAAGACAGCAAGGGAGUACAGUAAUAGCCCCUCUCUAUUGUUUGCACUAGAAUCUCACGGCGGAUUACCGGGAUGUGGGUUGCCGGGAGGUUCGUCACUUCCCAAGCAGAGAUGGCUGAUUACAUGGUUAUUUAGAGGCCCUGCGUACUGCUCUUAUCCGUGGGGGUGUCACAGUCGGGAAUCUCGAGGUUUCUGCUAUUGUAUCUCCUCCUUUUUACACGCUUCCGCUAACAUUCUGUCCAACAGCUCCUUAUCAACGCCGGACUUGACAGGACAGAUGCCCACGAUCCCAGUGAACGGAAUGGUCAUGCAAACCCUCAGCCCUUGCCAACACCCUCCGAGAAUGGUGGUGUCAGCUUGAAUUACGAUCAACUAAGCUCCUCUGCAGUUCAGAGCUAUCCGACAACAUCAUCGGCCUCCUUCCGGACCCAGCCGCAACAUCACACGGGUCAGCCCUCCCAUGGGCACACUUUCAGCGGGCUCGGUCGUGAUGGUUAUCGAGAACCGGAUGAUUACGCGGGUAGCGAUGGAACAGAAAGGCAGGAUGCCCCAGGACCCAAACGGGGGUGUGUGGGUGGGGGCGGCAAUGGCUAUAGAGACGAUUCUACCGGAAACAGAACACUAUUCUUUUCACGUCUUCCCGACAAGGUCACAUAUUCCAGCUUUCUGGAGGCCAUCAGGGGCGGAAUGGUUGUCGACGCCUGGAUGAAACCAGGCGAUCACUGCGGAUCCAUUUCAUUUUUGCACCCCCAAUCUGCCGAGGCCUUUUAUAGAUAUGCGAAGAGGAACGAUGUCUACAUUGACGGUCGCAGGGUGAGCUUCGACACUUUGCCCAAGGCGUGGUGCGUCGGCAAUGGCAACUAAUGGCAGCAGGUCAACGUCGAAUGGCGUGAGCAAACUCGCCAAUUUGUUGUAUUGCCAAAUAUACUCCGUCAAAUACACUCCGGGGCCACCCGCAAUCUCUACUUGAGAAACGUUCCCCCUACAUUGACCGAGACUCGCUUGAGGGAUGACCUCGACCACAUCGCCAACCUUUCCAUCGAAAAGAUUGUAUUUGACAAGGCCAGGAACUCUGUUCAAGUUAACCUCAACUCUGUCUGUGUAGCUUGCUUUGCCAGGACGUGCCUCAAGUCCAGGGCAUAUUACAAGGGCACUAAAAUUGAGUUCGGUGCCGAUGAAUGUGCCAAAUCUCUCCCGGAUUUCAAGGCCUACAAGCCCAAACAGGAGCCUAAAGCGAAACCAGAACGGAAGACACCCAAUCGCUUCGACGCGCUCGCACUUGAAGGUGGAGAAGAGGGUUGGAGUGCUAGUGACGAUGAGGGUGAAACAGAAGACUGGGCAGACAGUGUUACCAGCGGGCCUGGAAAAGACGGUAGUUAG